UCUCUCCCUCUCAAAAAUAACAUUAUAAAAAAUUUUUUAAGUGAAAGGAGCCGGUACGAAUGCACGUUCUCAAGCCAGGCACUCAGUAGGGUUCCUGUGUCAUUCCGAACCUUUUGUCAGUCUUCCAGAUUGAGACCAUCUGGCAACAUCUUUAAAUAGGUCAGUAAAAGACAAACCAUCUUAGAAUAUAUAAAAGCGAGCAUUUUAAGCAAAAAUCCAGAUCCUACCGUUCUGUGUACAAUGUAGGGGACCCAUUUCCCGAGAGGGCUCAUGCCCACAGAUAAAAUAAUCAGCACAGGUUACAGAGUCCCCACCUCUUCGCCGUCCCACCUCCUCCUGAAGUGCUUUAAUUAGAAAGAUACUAACAGAUUAAAGCCUUAGCCGUAUUCCAUUCCUCCCUUGACCUGAAGAAAACCAUGGCCAUUGAGAAUCUGCUGCGUGUUAGAAAACCGUGUCAAAAGUUUUACCCAAGUCCACCAGCGAGUGUAAACAGAGCGUCCAGGGCGUGGGCUGUAUGUAAGGGGGAAAGGUGGCCCCGUCACACGGGGAUGAUUUAACUCGCACUGUGCUCACCUUCUGGGCUCAAGCCCUGAAAGUGGUGCCACGUUUCCAAGCAGAAGAGUAACACCUCUGGGCAGGAGAAGGCUAAGGUGAUGUCCCGGGUCUUCCUUCCAGUGAAGGACCCGCCCACUGGCCCUUUAGAGUCACCUGGGUGUUUCUGUAUGGGACCCGGUAACCACCGAGGCAGCACAGAAUUCAGGCAAACCAAAAGGCAAAUCCUCGCAUAGUACUUAGAGUCCGAUGAGAUAAAAUGACGGAUCAAAGGAUUAUUUUUGCUUAAUGAAGCAUUUUGGGGUUUGAGUCUCACCGGACUCCGCUUUCAACAGGAUGUGGUGCUCCGGGGCUGGAAUUUGGAAAUUCCAUUGCAGGCGCGUCAUCGGUCAGCUCUGAUGAAUCGGAACGAGACUCUCGCCCAAGCCCUGCUGCGCUCAAUGAUUUCAAACUGAGAAAUGGGUAGAUAGCGUGAAGGAUUUUUUUUUUUUUUUUGCUUCUGGAAUUAGCCUCGUGUGUUAAUUCAGAAAGUGGUCGGUUGCAUCCGAUGGUGUGCUUUAGUAAUCUGAACCAUCUGCCUCCCUGUAUUAAGGAGUUCAUCUCUUUAAUCCAGCUUACUGCCCGAGUACCGCUCUUCCCUGCCAUCAUGCCCUUGAGCAGAUGAGGCUGUGCAGAGUCCCUCGCUCUUGAACGUGUUGCCGUCGUUGAGAUUUGGAGAGUUUUGUCUUCGUUUGCUUGUUCGUUUGCCUUCGGGUUCUGCCUGAGUUUUGCCUUGAUUUUUCUGGAGCAGAAACGAUGGCUUUCUUUAUGAAAACCAUGAUCAGCAACCAGGUAAAGAACUUAGGAUUUGGUGGCGGGUCUGAAGAAAAAAAAGAAGAAGGAGGGACCUCUGAUCCUGCAGCAGCUCAAGGCAUGACUAGAGAGGAAUAUGAGGAGUACCAAAAGCAAAUGAUUGAGGAGAAGAUGGAAAGAGAUGCCGCAUUCACACAAAAAAAGGCAGAGAGGGCAUGCCUCAGAGUCCAUCUCAGAGAAAAGUACAGGCUCCCAAAGAGUGAAAUGGAUGAGAACCAAAUCCAGAUGGCUGGAGAUGACGUGGAUUUGCCCGAAGAUCUCCGGAAAAUGGUAGACGAAGACCAGGAGGAGGAAGAGGACAAGGAUUCUAUUCUCGGGCAGCUCCAGAAUCUCCAGAACAUGGACUUGGACACCAUAAAAGAAAAAGCCCAGGCCACCUUCACGGAAAUGAAGCAGACAGCAGAGCAGAAGUGUUCUGUGAUGUAAGGGGCGAGGCAGGGGACGGGAGGGACCCGGGUCGAGGGGGCGGUGACCACUGUCCUAUGGAGCGUUUCGAGACCAUAUACUUACGUGUAGCGAACACAGAAAAUUCCAUGUUGAUACACUCUCCACAGACCCAUAGACAACAACUCGAUGUUCUGAAUGUUCCCUGUAGAGCGCUUAGCUAGCACCUUCCAGGAGGGAACAUACUUUCCUUUUAAGUUAUGAAGUGUGGCCCAGGGUGACGUUUCAUCCGUGAGCGACGCCGAACACAGAUCUGCUUAAAGGUCUUUGGGACAGCCAGGAGGAAACAACGCAAAGGGCACUUCCUCUCCUCUUUCCUUUCUUACAGGGGAGGGUCUCACCCUCUCCCGCCACUAGCAUGGCUCCAGGCCCCUUGGGAAAAGAUGUGGGAGGUCAGGGAGCCCCCUGGGAUCCCAGGCUUCAGGCUCAGGAGCAAGCAAAGACCUCGGAACCAACCUCCCACUCCCGGGCAGCCGGACACUGUUGAUGCUCCCCAUCGACUUUGGCCUUUGGACACUUCAAGGCCAAGGGGCAGUGGCAGGGACGAAAUGAGACAGGAAGGUGGAGAAUAGACUUCGCCAGCCCUCUGCAUCAUUCUAGAGGCCACGUGAAGGAUGGACUUGAGGGGGUGACGUGAGAGGCAGGGGGGCAACUGGGAAGGCUGUGGCUAUCUCCACGUUCACCAUCAUCACCCUUUGCCUGAACUUGGUGAUGUCAUGGGAACAAAGUGGUGGAUGAAUAAAGAGC